AUGCGUCAGCUCGACAGAUGGCGUCGCGAUGGAUACAGAAGUUCGAGGUUCUUCCUUUGCACGCCGGUUCUGGGAGCCAAAAGGAGGAGGAUCAAGACGAAGGUAGACAUCGACAUCGAAACUAGCAUGCCUGCUGCUAUAGAAGAACUUCGAAGAUGGACAUCGAACGAAGCCUUAGGAGACAUCACCGUAACACCAGAUUGUGCCAGCCGCAUCACCAGCACCUUCUUCGAUGGAAAUACCACCGAUGGUACUAUUGGUUCCGACGAUGAAGCCAUCGAUCACAAGCUUCCAUCGCCUGAAGAACAACUCCAAGUUGUCGCGCUCAAAUUCCCUGCCGAGAUAGUAGCGGUCGACAUUACCGGCCGAAAUUUCGAUCGCAUGUCGUCGCAACGGCGAUCGCUAAUGCAGAAAGGCGAAAUACCUGUACGGCCCGCAGAUGGCGCUGAGGACAACACGGCCAGAAGAAAACCCAGAAACAGGAGAACAAGGAAUAGGCGACGAAAUACGUUGGCGGGAACUGAUCAGAAGGAGAUCAGGGAUGCAUUAACGGCAGGGGAAGAACCAUCCUCGCCGACACAUACCCACGAGAUAGACGAAUGUUCCACAUCCGGUGCCGUCAUCCGAAGCAAAAGCAGCGACCUCUUGCGAUCCACCAAGAAAGAAUCUGUGGAUAAAAAAUCGCACUUCAACACCCUCAAACAGUGGGGCAAGAGUAGAUACGACAAACUCAUGAAUAAGAGUGCAGAAGGAAAACCCGAAAUGAAAAGUAAAGAAAAUAUAGAUGAAAUUAAUCUGUAUGAAACGGUUACGAUAAAACGAAAACGAGAUUUAGAAAAGGAAAGAAGAACGCACGAACGCAACUCUUCGAUAUCAUCAUCCGAAAAAUCUAGCAUAAACAUACCCGUUAAUCCUUUAUCGCAAGUCAUUAACAUAGCCGUAAAAUUAAGGGAUAGUUCAACACAAAGACGGUUAAGAAGAUUAGGUAAUAAAGACGAACCACACUCAUCGAGUGGGAACUGGAGUGCUAGUUCUGAAAGCGGCAGAGCUUCCAUCGGUUCAGAAAUCACUUCCACCACCCAUCCUAAAUCUUCAACAUCUGCCGCUACUUCCAAUAAUUCGUUAAACCAACAACCUAGCUCAGUAAAUAGUAGAAGGCGAUAUAACGUAAACACUUCGACAUCAGGAAGCGUUACCAGCGAAGGCACAUUAACACCAGACAUUAUCCACGACCUACACGAAGAUGGAGAAACUAGCUCGGUUUAUUCGUGCGAUACGGAAGGUUACUACACUUCCUUUCACAUGGACAGCGGAUUGAAAACACUCAAAGAAGAAGACACGCCUCCUACACCGUUACAUUCCACUUCGGCAUUUUCAAACUCCGGCUCAAACAAUACAGUAUUAUCAGCAGAAAGCGAGUACGAGCUGUUUGGUAAAGGCUCUACUUCCACCACGACUAGCUCAGCAGGUACGGUUUGCACGACACUACGAGCUUCCGAAAGCAGUAAAUCCUUAGUAAUUGGACCUGCAGUACCCGAACGAAAAAGUUCCUUAUCGAAAUUAUCAAACAAAUCGAACGAGAGCUCGCUGGAACGUGAUUUCAGCGAUAAGACGGGCACCGUAAAGAGAAGUCCAGCUACCAGCGGCAAACCCAUAGUCGUAGCCGUAAUCCACAAGAUGAACGACGGAGACGUAUCACCGGAUAGCGGGCACAAUACCUCUAGUUCCCCAAUAGAGUCAAUCAGUAGCCCUAACGGUGUCAGAAGCAGUUCGGAUUUCGAAUUUUCUGAAUCUUCCGAUAUGGAAGGCCCAGAAAGGAUCGAAAGAAUUCGAGUUAAGACUACGAUUAAUUCCAGUAGAAUACCAUCCAUGUGUGUCAUAACGCCGCAGAAUAGCGACGAUGAAAGCGAAAAUAGCAGCAACUCUUCGCACAAAAACUACCAGAAGCAGCUAGAAGAAAACAACGCUUUAAAUAAGAAAACCACCGUAGAUGAUACAAACGAAGAGUCCAGUAAUAUCCAACGCAUUAUAAGCACAACUGUAAAUGGUACAAAUAAAUUAUCACUAGUUAGCGUCAAUCCUGAAUCGGGUUACGCAACCGUAGAAAGGAUAGAUCAACCUGACGGUGCUGUGAAGUCAGGUGAAACUAAGAAUAACGCCAUUAGAGCGCCUAGCCCUAGUGGAGGAACCGUAACAGUAAAAGAAAUCGUAAUGACUUCACCCCCAAGACCCAUCAUCAAAGCAUCGUUGCUUCCUUUGAACAACAUGUUCGGUCGAAUCAAAUCUAAUAUUGUCAGUUUCGCUCAGAAACGAGAUAGAAGUAAGUCUCCAAGUGCCUACAAAGAACAUAAUAAAUUUGACGAAAGCAUAUUCGAUGCAGGAGAAUAUGUAACCAUUGCUGACGUUAGAAACAAUAAUCAAAAAUCUCCAGUAGUUACUCAAGAUAGCAAUGUUAUUCAAGAUGUUGUUAAUAAGAAUCUAACGACGGUUUUGUCUGGAAAAAUCAGAGAUACUGAGUAUGUUAGUUUGAAUGAGCUACCUUGUAAUGAAAAUAAUAACAUUCCUAGUAAUAACAUUGAUUCACUUGAACGAAGAAGGCAAGGUGCUAGGGUAAUUCUAGAUGCCGAAGGUAAAGUAGUAUACAGCUCUGAUAGCCUGAAAAGAAGAAGAGGAGCUCAUACUACUUUCGAACCGGGAAAAAACGUGAAGCCUACGAACAGUCCUUCUCCAAGUCCACUACCAAUUCACAGAACAGUUAAAGCCGUUAGACCCAUCGCCAGUACUCAAAAUCAAAUGAUGGCAGCCAUUCCAUCAGUCGAAUUCAACCGUCCGUUAUCACCCCAAACUCAGAUAGUAAUCAAAGCUUCAUCUGGUACAGCUGAAAUUAUCAGAAAACCUCCAUCCACCAUAGUAACGCCAGCUAAUACGCCUACGUCGCCUAAAGCCUCCAAAGGAGCUUACGUUAACAUGCAAGACGCCAGGAAGAAUCUUUCUGCUCAAGACAAAGACCGAGUACAGAGCCCAGUCAGGCAACUGCCAAGUCCAAACCAACCGCCUGGAAGUCCAGAAAGCAUCCCAACUAGUCCGACAAUGUACCGUUAUGGAAAUCAACCCAUGGAUAUGGAUACCAAUCGGUACAUAUCCAGCCAGUAUUACUUACAACGUGGACCAUCGAUGUACUCCACGCUACCAUCUAAGAAAACUCAAUUUUUCACCAACGAACUCAAACCAGAACGAUCAGUCACUCCAGACAUCACCAGAGGCCUAGAACGAAGCAGUCAUUUCGACCACCCGACCGCUUACAAGACCGAACACACUAUGAUGAAUCAACGACUCGGCAUCCCAGUACAAAUGCCUGAUAUCAACAGAUUAAACCUCCAAAACGUGCCUUCAACGUACACUACUCAAAGAUAUUACGAAUCUCCUCAAUAUAAACCCCAAUAUCAAGCCUACGAAGAAGGCGAUUCUUUGAGAAUCUCUCCAAUAGAUCCAAGAAACUCAGCCGGGUUUCAGUCUUCCACUCCGUCAGCCAAAGAUCUCAAAGCAGCUACGAAUUUAGAAAACAAAUUAUUAUCGCCCAAGAAGUCUACUAUGUCCAAUGAAGAACUCUACGCCGUCAUUCAUAAGAGCAAGAAGAGGAUGAAUAUCGAAGCAGAAGAGUCACCAAGAGCCUCACCUGUAACAGUGCAAGAUCAACCUAAAAGGCUCAUUAAAUCACCUGAAACCGGCUAUAUAGGGGGAGGAUCCAGAUCCAGAUUAAGCUGGUCGCCCAGUAAAGGAGAGUACAUAGACUUCAACGAAGACAUAGACAAAUUAUCACCACCGAACGAUUCAAAAUCGAGACUAAGCUGGGCCUGCAGCGAUAGAAAGCCGAAAAAACAAACUUCGACGUUAGAUUUCAAAAGAUUACUUUUACAAAAAUCCAGUACAAAUUCUCCUAAAAAACUAUCGGCAGUUGAGCAGCUCAAGAUUUCCAGGCAACAAAUUAAGCCACCACAGCCGAAAUAUCAACCAGAAAUGAAUAUAUUGGAUUUAAGCGCGUCUCCGAGAAGCUUGGUAAAUAGAAAGUUUUUAAAUAACCCACCAGGAUCGCCUAAUCGGGAACAGAAGCCUCUUACGAAAGUUCUAUCGCCUCGAUCUCAAUGGAGGUUCGCCAGUCCACGCAGUGAUGUACUGUCAUCGCCUAUUCUGGAAGAUUGCAGAGAAGACGACAGUCCGAACAGUUCGGCAGAGAAAAAAGAAUCGCCUAGAAGUCGCAGCUCAUCUUCAAGUACGGAAUCGUCGCCCAAGGGAAUGCCAAGACUUAAUAUAGAACCCAAGCCGUAUACAUCGGCCACUCAAAGACUGUACGCUCAGCGAGCUCAGUAUUUUAGCCCAGUGAGUCCGAAGAGCAGCCAGCUCAAAGACCAAGAGAACGAGAAUGAUAGUAAGCAAAGUGUUCCGCCUGCUUUAGAAACUGCGUUUUAG